AUGGAAAAUAAAUAAGAUGAUGGAAAAGAUAAAACAUUUCAUUUCUUAAACAAAGGCCAUUUUAAAUUCCGUUGGAUUCUACUUGGAUUUUGUAUAUGGAUAGUAGCAGGGGCAUUUUUUUGUUUUGAUGUUCCGGCUGCUUUACAUAAUACAUUAAAAUAACAUUUUAGUGAUAUUAUGACAGAUGGAGAAUUUGAAAUAUAUUUUAGUGGAUUAUAUAGUAUUUAUUCAUUUGCGAACAUAUUUUUGCCUUUCAUCACAGGAAGUAAUGUUCAAGAUUAAUAUAAGGAUUAAGAGAUGCAAUGGGAGAUAGAAUGAUAUUAUUAUAGACUGUAUCAUUUGUUUUUAUUGGUUAAGGAUUGUUUGCAUAUGGAGUGAUGAUUAAAAGCUUUAUAGUAAUGUAUUUAGCAAGGAUAAUAUUGGGUUGGGGUAUUGAAUCCGUUUAACCAAUAUAAACAUCAUUUGUAUCACCUUAUUUCAAAGAUGAUUAUCUAGUAAUUUAGUUAUUUUAUACAAAGGGAUUAACGAUAGGAAUGAAUACCUUAUUUGCUGGUUUUGGUUCCGUUGCAACUAUGUACUUCUGUCCUUUGCUUGCUCUUUAAUAUGGAUUAUUAGUUGCAACUUCUGUUGGAUGUCUUUUUAACAUAUUUUGUAUAGUUUGUGCUAUAGUAUCAACAAGUAUUGAUAAAUGCGCUGAGACUUAGAUGCUAAAAAACAUUGAUUAUGAAAAAGUUAAAUAUAUGUAAUUAGCACAAGAAGAAGAACAACCAUAAAUUAAUGAAUAAAAUAAUUAGUAAUCUGAAGUAAGUAUUUAUGAACAAAUGAAAACAUAUCCUAAAUUGUUUUGGUUAGUUGCCAUUUAUUUUGGAUUGAACUAUUCAUCAGUUUUAGGAUUCAUAAAUAUAUCAGUGGGAUUUUUGACUGAAAGAUGGUUAGGAGAAGAUGAAGACUCUGAACUUAAAGCAGGAGAGAUGGUAGCCAUUAUGUGGUUAAUUACUGGAUUUUUCACUCCUAUCUUUGGAUUUAUAGCUGAUAAAUAUGGAGGAAGAGCAUCUCAUGUAAUUAUUUGAAUAUUUCAUAUAGUGUAUUAUUGCAGGAAUUCUCUGUUUUGUUUCACAUAUCACCUUGUGGUAUAUAUAUCCAUUUCUAUCUUUAAUCGCAUUAGGAACAGCUAAUGCGAUUGCUUAUGCAUCACCAUGGACAGGAGUUGUCUAUUUAGUAAGACCUGAUUACUUAGGUAAAGCCUAUGCAGUAGUAGUUGGAACUUAUAAUGCAUUAUUUAGUAUAUUUCCUAUUGUUGUGGGUGUAUUGAGAGCGUAUUAUGGAAGUUAUUACUAUUCUUAAUUAUUUCUAUCAUUUCUAGGACUUUGUUCUUUGAUUACAGCAAUUUUAAUAAAAAUAGAGGAUGUAAAGCAAGAAAAUUUGAUUGAUGGUAACAAAAUCAUAAGUGCAACAUCAAUUGAAGAGAAUUGUAAAUAAAAUACUGAUUGUGAUUAAAAAUGA